AUGGAGGCAGGUCCAAAUCGUCAUCUUCGAUGGGAUAGUCGUCGUAGAUCUCGCAUGUUCUGGUCCGCAAUUGGACGCAGUCUUCAGAACAUGGAGACCACUCGGACCAUGGUGACCAGCUGUACACUGGAAGUAGAAAAAGAAACAGAUGACAAAACAAGAGUAAAACUGAAUCCACUUCCGAAAGAUUCUUGUUCUGAUUGCAUCAACGCUAGUUACAUCAAUGGUUUUGAAAGGCCCAGGGAGUAUAUUGCGACCCAAGGGCCAAAGGAGAAUACUGCCUACGACUUCUGGCGAAUGAUUUUGCAGGAAAAAGUUUCAGUCAUCUGCAUGUUGACACAAUUUCAGGAAAAGAAUUUAGAAAAAUGCUUCCAAUAUUGGCCCGAAAUAGAUAAAACAAGCAAACGAUAUGGAAAGAUCACGAUAACCAAUGUUGAAAUCAUGAAAAGCUGCGGUGAUUAUGUUGUCAGAAAAUUGUUGAUUAGCUCUGGAGAUGAACGAUCUUCGGUUGUACAUCUGCAUUAUACUGCUUGGCCCGAGUACGAAACAACUCGGUAUGCGGAUUCUCUUGUUCCAUUAUUGGCAGAGUUUCAGAAGGUUUCAUCACAAAAUGGUCCAAAAGUGGUUCACUGCAGUGCCGACGAUGGCAGAACUGGUACCAUCACUCUGGCAGAUAUUUGCGUCAACAUGGCACGUGCGACUGAUAAAAUAGACGUUUUGCAUUAUCUGAACCAAAUUCGAAAACAAAGAGCAAAACUCGUUAAUUCUGAGGAUCUGUACAAAUUAGUGCAUAUGACGGUUCUGGAAACUCUAUUCGGCAAAAAAGGAAGGGUCGUCAUCACGCGAGCGAUUUUAACAAAUCCUGAUUCGGAUUACAUAAAUGCAGUACUUGUGGAUGGAUUCAAAACCAAGGAACAGUUCAUCGUCACACAUUUUCCUUUGGAACAAACUAUUGACGACUACUGGAGAAUGAUCUUUGACAAGAGAGUCAAGAUUGUGAUCGUAUUUAACGAAGUUGAUGUAACGGAUCCUACAGUGGUCAAGUUCGUACCAACUCGUAUCAACCAAGAAAUGAAACCAUCACCUCGUAUUACUAUAAAAACUUUGAAUAAGGGCGAUAGCGACUUCUACACAGUCUAUGAUGUACUUGUGAAUAAUCACAAUGAUGGAGCAACUGCUUGUGGUCUGUUCGCUGCACUAGUGUUUGUCAUCGAAAAAAUGAGGAUAGAUGACGAAUGUGAUGUCCCACUCGCCUUAAGGACCAUCAGGAAAUACAGGAAGGAAUUUGUUCGAAAAGAGGAACAGUAUGAGUAUUUAUUUGAAGCUGCACUUGAUUAUCUCGACAAGCCCGAAGAUAAUAUAAAAUAUUUAUAG